AUGGCUACGAAUGGAGUUAUAAUUAAUGACAGAAAGACCGUUGUUGUUGUCGGAUUGGGAAUGGUUGGCUUGUAUUUUAUUGAGAAACUUCUAAAAUAUGAUGCCCAAAAAAGAUUUAACAUAGUAACAUUUUGCGAAGAGAGUCGAGGUAACUACAGUUUUUUGAUUUUUGUCAUCAUCCUCCUUUCAGAUCAUGUCCGCGAAUUUCUUUACUUCUCAUUAACACUCCCUGUGCAACUCCCAGUUGCCUACAACAGAGUUGGCCUAACCCAGUAUUUCACUCACCGCUCGGAAGAACGACUUCUAAUGCAGCCAGAAACGUGGUACAAAGAAAACAACAUAACUCUCUACACAAAUGACAAGGUGACUCUUAUCGAUCGAGCCAGUAAAGUCGUUCACUCUGCCUGUGGAAACAAAGUCUCUUAUGACGUAUGUAUUAUUGCUACCGGGUCGAGCUCAUUUGUCCCGCCUGUUGAGAAUAUCAAUGCGAAAGGAUGUUUCGUAUAUCGCACGAUAGACGAUCUAAACGGCAUAAUUGCUUACAGCGCCAAGGCAAAACGCGGUGCUGUUAUUGGUGGCGGAUUACUCGGUCUCGAGGCUGCUAAGGCACUGUUGGACUUGGGAUUACAAACUACUAUUGUAGAGCGAAAUCUUCAUCUCAUGAGACGUCAAAUUGACCAAGAAGGUGGUACGAUGCUACUUCGAGAGAUUGAAAAACUAGGUUUAAAGGCUGUUCUUGGCACGGGACCGACAGAAGUUCUUCUUGAUGAAGACGGAGCUGUGAAAGGUCUGCAUUUUGAGGACAAUAAAGUUGAAGACGUGGAUAUGGUUGUCGUAGCUGCGGGUAUUCGUCCACGUGAUGAACUUGCCAAAGCAUCGGGAAUUUUGACCCACCCACGUGGCGGUGUUUUCGUUGACGACCGGUUACAGACGAACGAUCCAAAUGUUUUUGCUAUCGGUGAAGUUGUCUUGCAUGCUGGUGUAGUCUACGGUCUUGUUGCGCCUGGAUACGAAAUGGCAGACGUCGUUGCCGCAAAUUUGGCCCUACCUGGUUCCAAUAGACAUUUCUUGGGUGGUGACUUGUCCACGAAACUCAAACUUCUCGGAGUGCACGUCGCCAGUUUUGGCGAUUACUUUGCCGAAGAGAACAAUGCUAUGCCAUUGGUUUACAAGGACCCGUUCGGUUUUGUUUACAAGAAGUACAUUUUCACUAAAGAUGGGAAGCAUUUGCUCGGUGGUAUUAUGGUAGGUGAUACCGAUGACUAUGCAAAGCUUCAUGCUUUGAGCAAAUCAAAAAAACCAUUGACUCUGGCUCCCGGUGAACUUAUCCUCGGCGUCAAAUCGGGUGAGGCACCGGGUGCUGAUGACCUUCCUGACGAAGCGCAAGUUUGCUCGUGUAACAACGUCUCAAAAGGCCAAGUCCGUGAUGCAGUACGCAACGACAAGUGCCGUUCCAUCGGCGAAGUUAAAUCAUGCACAAAAGCCGGAACCGGCUGCGGUGGCUGUCUCCCAAUGGUACAAGAAAUCUUCGAGGCUGAAAUGAAAGCAUGCGGUCAGAAAGUAACACAAGCCCUAUGUCCGCAUUUCGAGUUUACUCGUGUCGAACUCUUUCAAGUAAUCAAAAUCAAGAAACUAAAAAAUUUCAAACAAAUUAUCGAGACUGUUGGAAAGAAAGGAUCGCAUGGAUGUGAAGUGUGUAAACCUGCGGUUGCAUCGAUUCUCGCCAGUUUAUGGAAUGAUCAUAUUUUGGAUCAUGCGACCAUACAAGAUACGAAUGAUCGUCUAUUGGCUAAUAUUCAACGUGGUGGAAGCUAUUCUGUUGUUCCACGUGUUCCAGGUGGUGAAAUCACGCCAGAAAAACUCAUUGUCUUGGGAGAGAUCGCUAAGAAGUAUAACCUCUAUACCAAAAUCACUGGGGGCCAACGUAUUGAUCUUUUUGGUGCUGCCAAGCAAGAUCUUCCAGACAUCUGGGAACAACUUGUAGAUAACGGUUUCGAAUCCGGUCACGCGUACGGAAAAGCCUUGAGAACUGUCAAAUCCUGUGUCGGGUCUACAUGGUGUCGUUAUGGUAUUGGAGAUUCUGUUGGAUUUGCCAUUCGUAUUGAGAAUCGGUACAAGGGUAUUCGAGCUCCACACAAGAUCAAGGGUGCUGUUUCGGGUUGUAUACGAGAGUGUGCUGAGGCACAAGGAAAAGAUUUUGGUUUGAUCGCUACAGAUAAGGGGUAUAAUGUAUACGUAUGUGGCAAUGGUGGAUCGAAGCCGAAGCAUGCUGUCUUGCUGGCCAAAGAUGUUCACGAAGAGUUAUGUAUCAAAUAUUUGGAUCGUUUCAUGAUGUACUACAUUCACACUGCUGACAGACUCACACGUACCGCUCGAUGGCUUGAGAAGAUGGAAGGUGGUAUAGAGUAUCUACGAAAAGUAAUAAUCGACGACCAUCUCGGCAUAUGUGCUGAGCUCGAAGAAGACAUGGCUCGCCUCCUCAACACAUAUCAAUGCGAGUGGACAUCUGUUGUCAAAGACCCUGCUCGCCGUGCUCAAUUCCACCAAUUUGCCAACACUGGAGAUGCUCAAUCGAGUAUUGAAUUCAUAACGGAACGUGGUCAACAACGACCGGCUGAUUGGCCCAAAGAAUUUCCUAUAUCCGAAGUAAAAGAGUUGUAUAAAGCUGCUGGUACACAAGUAACUGACAAGUCAUGGGUUAAAAUUGCACCUGUUGAUACUUUUCCAUCAGACGGGGGAGAGGUUAUUAAAUACGGAGAUGUACAGAUUGCCGUGUUCAAUACACAUACACGUACAAGAUGGUACGCAACACAAAACAUGUGCCCACACAAACGCGCGUUCGUGCUAUCGCAAGGUUUAGUUGGUGACGACGAGAAUGGAACCAUCAAAGUCAGUUGUCCGAUGCAUAAAAAGAACUUUGCCCUUGAGACAGGCGAAUGUCUUGGAGAUAAUGGGCUAAAGAUUAUGACGUUUGAUGUUAAAAUUGAAGAUAAUCACGUGUGGUUAAAUCUUCCGCACACCGAAGAACUAGAUAGGAUACUUGGAACCAAAAAGUGGAUGGUUAAUAAGAAUCAUAUCAAAAAGGAGCGAAAACCAAACGUUGUACGCUUGGGAAAUACUGUUGAAGUUGGGUGUGGCAAUGGUGGCUGCGGGGAUAAAUUAGAUUGGUAA